AUGGCAGAGAAGGAAGAAGAUGGAAAUUUUUCUAAGAAACGGCGUCUUACUGGAAGUUCUAAAUGGACAUUAGAUAAGAUUUCACGUCAGAUUACUGAAUCUCAAGCCACAUUAGACGUUGAUAAAAUGAUAAUGAUGCAAAGAGUAGAGUCAAGUGAAAAUGUUCCAACCAGUACAUAUCACAGUAGUGAAGCUCCACCAAUAUUUUUGGAAUCGGAUUUAUCUCAAGAAUCAAGGAACGUUCAAGUUUCUUGGUUUUGUGAUGAUGAAGAAGAGCUUGCUGAGAAGGAUUCUACGCCGACUGAACAGACUGACUCCAUCGGAUUUUUUCCCGAAAUAGAAUCCUUUAUGAUGGAAUCAGAGGAGUGUCCAGAGGCUGUUUUUGAUAUAGAAACGGAUUUGAACGAAUUAUUUGAUAUUUUUUCGGACGAUGACGAGGAACAUCUAGAUGACGAUGAUCUAUCGGUUACAGCGGGAAAAGAUUUCGAUCGUAUUCAAGUUACGCGGCUACUUUCCGCUGCAUUUUACUUGAAACAUGGUUUAUCCAAGUCAGGCCUUGGUGAUUUCCUCGACAUUUUAAAUGUUUCUUCUGAGCUAUAUCAAGAUGAAGAGCUAAGAAGUCCAUAUAUGUUUAUGAAAAAAUAUGGGAUUUUAAAUGCCGAUCUUAAAAGAAUUUAUCCUUGUUCUACGUGCUCCAAGACCCUAGAAAACGAUAAGAAUGGAUAUCCGAAAGAAACUCAGCCUUGUGGGCACAAUCAUUGCAAGGAAACAUCAGACAAAUGCUACACUCUCUUGCUCCCCGUUGAAGAACAAGUGAAAUUUUUCCUCCGUCACCAUGGAAUCAAAAAAAAAUUCUGA